AUGGACGCAAAUCCUUUCGACGCCCCUGGGCCUCUCCCCAGCUUUUACGAUGAUGGACAAGCCAUGUGGAAUGCGGCCUUCCCCGUGCUGCCGCGGGGUCCUUGCAACUACACAGAUCCCUCUCUGCCGCGCUGUGGCUGCCGCCGCUUCUGGAGCAAGCUGAAUGCUGCGCCUGAUUCCGCCGAACUCUGCCAGUGUUCCCAUCAUGCCUGUUUCCAUGAUGAUUUCCCAGCUCCUUCACAGCUGCCGCCCACUCCUUCCCUUGCAUUUGCCGGCCUGCCCCCCACUAAUGAUCAGGACAAGCCGAACUCGGGCAUGAGCAGUCAACGUACAAGGGGGCUCCCAAGUCCGAUGGAGGAAAUGCACCCGUCUUUUGCUGCGCCUGCCGUGUCUUCCCAUUUUGGAGUCUCUAGAGAUUUCGGCCUUCUGAAUUUCUACGCUUCCAGCUUCAACCAGCGUGUAAUGGCUUCUCAACCUCUACAGAUCGAACCCGUUCAUAUUCAGGAUCCACCACGCCAGUCUAUGGAGAAGCAGGCUACCAUUCCGGAUACCGCUCCUGUCGCCGCUUGGGUAAAUGGGAAUCAAACUCAAGAGACUGAGAUUUACGGUGAAACACAGCCGUUGAGCCCGGGUUAUUUACACAUGCAGUCCCAGGCCCCCUCAACUACAUAUUCUAGCCAGAUGAGAUACAUGGCGCCAUUUUCCGGAAAGGGACUGAAUACCAUAAAACGCCCAUCUGCACCCAGGAAUGAAGCCUCUGUUCCGGAGAAGGGGGCAGAGCAUGUUGAGGAACAAGCACAAGCUAACGCCCAGGAUGUAUGCGGCCCUAUGGACUUGAUGGCACCACCAGAGUAUAGGCGAGACAUGACACCUAGACCUGGAUCAGCACACAAUCAAUCUUUCCUCGCUGUCAAGGAUGAUGUGAAACAGUUGUCGGUUGUUGUCAACCUCCAGGAAGAAAGGAUAGACAGGCUUGAGAACACCUCCUUCUCAGUCAUCGGUCACGACGAGUGCUAUGACAAACACGAACACACAGACCUCCGAGUUACGGAGCUUGAGUCUCGUGUCGACGAGGUGGAGAAGAUUCUGAAUGACAAUGCCAGUGCCGCCGGCGCAAGCGUGUCCUCGGCGGCAUCUAAUAGCACAGUUCGCUCUUCGCAAAAGGUUACUCUUAGCCAGUUUCAGGCCCUACAAGCACAGAUUAGUGAGCUUCAGGCUACAUCUCUCCCAACAUACAACAAGCCUUGGGAUCUGGAGGUUGUGUUUCUACCGUUUCCUCUCAAGGGUAUCUGGGUGGAUGCCCGCAAAAUCUUUGACCGGCGACAAUCAAUGGGCCCCGACGAAGAUGGGAUACAAUCAUUGAACACUUUGAGCAGAGCUACGCCGGAUCCCCAGGACCCGGGUUUCUCGGAAUGGCCAGGACAAUGUCCCGAUUCUGGCUGGCUGCUCCCCAAAGCCUUUGCGAAUGGACGGAUGAUUGACCAGAGACUUAGGAGCCGCGGCUUCAUCAAGACAAUCCAAGUGAGGGGACCGGAUGCCCGUGAUGUUCAGCUGGCGAUCCACAAAGCUUUUAGUAAUAUCCUCCAGCCUUCUUCCCACCUGAUCUACCAUAGCGAGGCUACACCCGAGUCACCACUGAAUGAGUUCCUUGGAUUGCGCCAGGACUGGGUGCCUUUGCGCAAAAUUCACCGGGAUAACCGUUUACGAUUUCUCGCCCCGGCCGAAAUGGCAACGCCAGCGCUUUGGGGUUUCACCUUUUUGAUGUCCAGCGUCGUCAUGAAGGCCCCCAAAACCAUUGGGACGCACCGUUUGUACAUCACACAGCCAGAGGCGUAUAUUCAAGAUUAUAUCAUGGGUAAUCGCGCCCUCAUGCCGGGUUGGACAUGGCAAAGGAUACGCGAGCUCAGUCGGGUAUACCCUGAAGACUAUGAUCCCGAGGAGACAAGUAGCGAUCACACCCCGGAGGCAGAUGCUUUUGAAGAAUGUUGGACUAGGAGCGACGUUCUUGACGAGCUGCCCUUUACAGACGCUACAAUUACAAACCGACAGAAUAGCCAUGUGCACUUAUCGUCCGAACGUUCUGAGACCAGUUCGUUCUACACGGCUUCAUCAUCCCUUAAAGCAAACGGAAUGCGAGCAGAAUCGCCGCGGGCAAUACUAGGGAAAGAGCACAAGGCAUCCUUGACGCCCUUUUCGCGGUCCCGUUCAUUCUCGCCGGCUGGCCCUUCUGGCGUCUCCUCGACCGGGAGUCGUCACAAACAGCUGUCCUCCACCCGCCAUGCGAUGAAACCAUACGAACGACCUUAUGAUCGGCGAUCCUCUCCCCUUGUGCAUGAGCGCAGCCCUUUUGUUCCAGCGGAGCAAUACCGAAGACGACGCAGACAGGAUCUGGCAAAACUUGACUAUCCCCGCCAAACCACGCCUCAAGAUGAUUAUGAUCGCAAUCGUGAUCGGGUUAUGAGCCGCUCGCCUUCCCUAGCGCCACCUAACCGGAGCGAUAGGAAGUCUACACCUGGUUGGUACGCCACGCCGCACAGCGAACACCCUUCGUCUGAGAUCGGCUUCCAUCGUGGUAGCAGCCGCGGGCCUUCGCUUCUCACGGACGAUCAUGCCCAGGACAGCGAUCAAGAGAUGACAGGACUAUCCAGCGGCAGCGAUGACGACAGCAAUGAGGAUGACGAGAUGACGGAUUGUCCGAUCGACAGUGGGGCCACCCCAAGACGCUCCAAGUCCGUGCAAGUACCGCUUGCCAUUCCCGAAUCUAGUUCCAGUUCGUCUGAAAGCGGCAGCGACUUUUUCGAUGCUGACGUGGACAACCUCGACCAGGACGACGAGCUAGAUGGGGCUAAGACGGACGGCGAAGGUCAGGGUCAGGUCCACGGUCUGGCAAGACCGUUGAAGUCUCAGGAUAUUCCGAGAGAGGGCAUCGAAACGGAUGACCAAAACCUGGGUCCUUUCAGUCAACACAGCCAGAGUCUAUUCAACGACACGCAGGAGGACUUGGAUAUUGACUUUGAUGAAGGGGCCCAAGAAAAUGGCAACUACGACGACGAUGGUGAUGGUAAUCAAUCCGAUGAGUCAGAAGCACCAAGCGAGUAUCCUAGCAAGAAUAUCUCUUCUGUUCUGUCGCCGGAGACUACGAAACUACCUAGCCCGUUGAUUGCCUCCGGAAGCGGAAGCCGGAGCGGAAGCCAGCAGCAACAGCAACAGGGUCAUCAACAGCAGUAUCCAUACCCACGGGCGCUCACUAAUAGCCAGAACCUGGUUUUGAAGAUUGAGGAUCUGAUUCGGCCCAAGGGACAUUUACAGCCAGAGCCACAGUCAUUACCACUGCCACAACAUCAGAGCCAGGCAUCGACUGAGGCGGGCAGUCAGGAGCUAGGUGAGAUCUACAUGCCAGUAUCUUCCUGGACGGCUUCCACCACCACCACCGUGGCCAUGGAUGUAGCUGCCACCACAGCUACCGCCAUGCCUACGGCUAUGGCACCGGGGAAAGAAACGGAGAUACAGGCUACGACGGAGAUAAAGGCAGGAACAACACCUACGACUUUGGCGGCGGAGAUAGGACCGUCAUGGGUAACGUGGGCAGACACCGCAACGGGGAAGUGGCCGGGUUUUGAGUUUAAGAUUCAUGAAGAUGAGACGAGGACUGAGUAGACUGG